AUGCGAUCGCACUCUCAAAAAGAUUCAAAGGCUAUUCAACCGCCACCAAUAACAACAACAUCCCCUGAUUCCAAGAAACAGAGUAAUAAUACUGAUGAUCAACCAAUACUACCAACUAUUGAUCUAGAGAAAUAUUUUCCACCAAGAUCGCAUCAAACGAAGAAACGACGCAGUAAAAGUAUAAUUGAUUAUGAACUUAUUAAUGUUGCUCAAAUACUCUGCGAUAUGUCUCGCAGUGACCCUAAAAGGUUGAAACUUUCGACCAAUAUCAAUAAUCAAAAGAACAAGGAACAUGUGACAAUAGUCAAAAAUAAUAACAACGAAAAGAAAUUAGUGGUGAGAUUCAAGAUUCCUAAAGACAAGGAAGUUAAGAACAAUGAAGGUGAAACAAAAAAGGAAUCAAGUCAUCAAUUGGGGUCAAGAGGAGUUGUUAAAGAUUUUGAUUUGAAUGAGAUACCGGUUGAUGUUGCAGAUGAACAAGCAAACUAG